UAAACCUUUGACAUUUGACAGUUUCAACCUAAUAAAACUUUCCACAGACAUCUAUAUAUGUAUAUAUAUUGGAACUCGUAUCUUACAUAUAAGGCUAACCCAAAGGCUGAUUAUUAAUCAUACAAAACAUGUAUCAUACGAUGCAGGAUCCUCCGAGUCCGAUGAUCUAUUCGGCUGACGGGCAUCUGGGUCCUAUCCCAGUUUCAGGAGUUCCGGAAAUUAUCCCUAUACAGCCUCAUCCUAGUCAUCAUCCAUAUAUCUCCCACAGCUUACCCCAAGCUCCCCCUAUUCCUGUUCCUGGACAGUGGACUUCGGGUCUUUGCCAUUGUUUCGAUGACCCUGUAAAUUGUGUGAUUACUUGCUUCUGUCCUUGCAUCACUUUUGGACAGAUUGCUGAGAUCGUGAACAGAGGAUCCAAAUGUAAGUUUAUGUUUUGAAAUAUUUCCAUUUUCCAUCAUGAUAAUUUCAAUUCUUUUAAAUGAGUACUGUUUGCAGCUUGUGUUUCAAGGGGUUUUCUGUAGUGCUGCUGGCUCUCAUGGGUUGUGCAUGUUUUUAUUCAUACUUCUAUCGCUCAAAACUUAGGGGCCAAUACGACUUACAAGAGGAACCAUGUACUGAUUGCCUAGUUCACUUCUGGUGUGCUGCAUGUGCUCUCUGUCAAGAAUACAGAGAGCUCAAGAAUCGUGGAUUUGACAUGGGGAUAGGUAACAUAUAUUAAUUUCAGCUCAAAACUCUAUGUUUCUGAUGCAUUUAGUAGAUUCCGGCUACAGUAGAAAUCCUUCGAUCUCUGACUUCGUGCUGUCGUGCAGCAGUACUGUAUGUUAAGUUAUUGCAAGUUUGCAACAUGAAUAACCAAACAACCAUGUGAACACGAUGAAUCGGUCAACAUGAUCCUGAUCAUGCA